UCGAGUGACACCGACGUUAGCAUUUAGCAUUUAGCAGCGCUAAAGCUUGCCGGUGUGCUCGCUACAAGACACCAGAAUGUUGAAAGAGUUGGUGAAAGAGCGACUAAUGGCGGCAGCUGAUGAAAUAUUCGCGCUGUUUGAAAGCACGAUAACGUCGUACGAGGAGGAACUUUCUCGAACGAGAGAGGAGAAGGAGCGACAUCGACCACAACUGGAAGCUGCUUGCAAAACUCAAAUUGUGCUACACGUUGAAGACGUCCAGCAGCUGAGUGGUCAUCAAGAACGUCCACCUACGCCACAGGAGGAAAGCUCCACAUUGAAGCAGGGGGAUCCACAACCCCCUGACCUUAAAGAGGAAGAGGAGGAACAUAUGAUCAGUCAGUCAGGAGAAGAGUUUUUUCUCAGGCCGCAUGAGGCUGAUCUCACCAAGUUGCCUCUGACUGGUGUCUCUGUGAAGACUGUAGACCAUGAAGACAAACCACAAGUUGACAACCUCUUAGCUCCUCUAUCAGAUAGUGACGACGUAAUGUCACACUCUACUGAGGAUGGAGACGGGGACUACACCCAAGAACCUUUGAGCGGCAAUACAGACUGUGAGGGUGAUAUGAGGACUCACACAGACAGCAAACACCCUGAAUGCUCUGAAAAGAACAAAGGUAAAAAACGUUUUACCUGCUCCAUUUGUGCUAAAUGUUUUUGUAGGAACGCUAAUCAUGUUCGACACAUGAGAACACACACAGGAGAAAAACCUUUCUGUUGCUCCGUUUGCAGCAAUAGUUUUUCUCACAAGACCACUCUGACUGCGCACAUGAGAACGCACACAGGAGAAAAACCUUUUGAUUGUUCAGUUUGCGGUGAAACGUUUUCUCACAGGAAGUACCUGAUACCUCACAUGAGAACGCACACAGGAGAAAAACCUUACACUUGCUCAGUUUGCGGCAAAAGUUUUUCUCAGAAAUACGCGUUGACCGUGCACACGAGAACGCACACAGGAGAAAAACCUUACAUAUGCUCAGUUUGCUGCAAAACGUGUUCUCAGAAGGCCGCUUUGACCGCGCACAUGAGAACACACACAGGAGAAAAACCUUUUAUUUGUUCAGUCUGUGGUGACAAAUUCUCCCGGCGAUACAUACUGAAAUUACACAUGAGAAGACACACAGGCGAAAAACCUUUCACUUGCUCAGUUUGCGGGGAUAUUUUUUCUCGGAAGGACAGCCUGAAAUUGCACAUGAUAAAACACACAGGAGAAAUACAUUUUGUUUGUCCAGUUUGUCAUACAUUUUAUCCUGACAAGCAAAGUUUGACAGCACACGUGACAACACACAACAGAGAAUAAAUGUUUUCCUGUCAAGUGUGUGCUCUAAGAUUGUCAAGUUGUAAAUGGUAAAUGGGUUAUACUUGUAUAGCGCUUUUCUACCUUUAAGGUACUCAAAGCGCUUUGACACUAUUUCCACAUUCACCCAUUCACACACACAUUCACACACUGAUGGCGGGAGCUGCCAUGCAAGGCCCUAACCACCACCCAUCAGGAGCAAGGGUGAAGUGUCUUGUGACAAGGUUGGUAGAAGGUGGGGAUCGAACCAGGAACCCUCAGGUUGCUGGCACGGCCACUCCCCCAACCGCACCACGCCGUCCCCAAGGGUGAAUUCAAACCAUUCCAGUGUGGAAUGGUUUGAAUCGGUUGAAAAAUGUGCGAAUUGUGGAAGUUUAAAAAAAAUGGACAAUUCAUUUUGAAUGGAAAUGUCCCUGAAAAACUGGGAAUUCUUUGAAAUUCGGGAAUCUUUUUUUAAUUGUUGAAGUAGAGCACACAAUUUUGAACAUGCUGGAUAUUUUGGAGUUGGAAUGGUGUGAAUCGGAUGAAAAAUGUGGGAGUUGUGGAACUUUGAAAAAUGUCCCAUUCAUUUCAAUUUGAAUUUGACAAAAAAUUUGGGAAUUUCGGGAAAAGCGGGAAUUUUGGGGAAAAUGUUAAAAAACUUGAAUGGUUUGAAUCAGUUGAAAUGGUUGGUGUUUAAAUUUUUCAGAUCGGUGAAGUUGUAACAUUUUUAAUUGAGGAAUGGUAUUAAGGAAUUCCAGGAAUUUUGGGAAAACCGGUAAUUUUUCCAGUUCAAAAGACAACUUUGGUUUUUUGUCCUGAUUAAGAGGAAUGUUUGGACGGUGGAACGGUUGAAGUGGGUUGAAAAAUGUGGAAGGGGUAGUCGCCAGAAAAAAGGGUGGAAAUAGGGCAUUGGAAAAGCAGGAAUUCUGGAAAAUCCUGGAAUUUUGUUGAACCUGGAAAAAGGGUAGUUUGAAUGUGGAAAACCAUUACCUUUUGUUUAUGUUCUAAGACUUAGUUUAACUGUACUGCUGGUGAGAACAUUGAGUGACUGCUGAGCGCGACCUAUAAAAAUGAUUUGUGUAGGUAAAAUGAGUAAUGAAUGAUUUUGUUGUAGAAGUUGUCUCUUGUGAAAAGUAGCCGUAGUAGUGAAGUGAAUGAUAUUUAUAUGGCGCUUUUUUACUGUUGACUCAAGCGCUUUACUUAGUAAAAACCCAUGAUCUAACUUACAUUUAAACCAGUGUGGGUGGCACUGGGAGCAGGUGGCUAAAGUAUCUUGCCCAAGGACAACCGAGCCACAUCAGUCCCAGUAGUUCAUUUCUAACAUGUACACAGCAUAGAGAUGUUCGAUAAUAUCGGACUGCCGAUAUUAUCGGCCGAUAGAUGCUUUAAAAUGUAAUAUCGGAUAUUAUCGGUAUCGGUUUCAAAAAGUAAAAUGUAUGACUUUUUAAAACGCCGCUGUACGGAGUGGUACACGGACGUAGGGAGAAGUACAGAGCAGUUUUUCCUGGGAGACUCCCGAAUUUCAAUGCCCCUCCCGAGGCAACCAUUCUCCCGAAUUUCUCCCGAGACAACAAUAUUGGGGGCCUUUGCCUUUAAGGCUACUGCCUUUGCGUGCCGGCCCAAUCACAUAAUAUCUACCGCUUUUCACACACACAAGUGAAUGCAAGGCAUACUUGGUCAACGGCCAUACAGGGCACACUGAGUGUGGCCGUAUAAACAACUUUAACACUGUUACAAAUAUGCGCCACACUGUGAACCCACACCAAACAAGAAUGACAAACACAUUUCGGGAGAACAUCCGCACCGUAACACAACAUAAACACAACAGAACAAAUACCCAGAACCCCCUGCAGCACUAACUCUUCCGGGACGCUACAAUAUACACCCCCCGCUCCCCUCCCCCAACCCCGCCCACCUCAACCUCCUCAUGCUCUCUCAGGGAGACCAUGUCCCAAAUUCCAAGCUGCUGUUUUGAGGCAUGUUAAAAAAAAAUAUGCACUUUGUGACUUCAAUAAUAAAUAUGGCAGUGCCAUGUUGGCAUUUUUUUCCAUAACUUGAGUUGAUUUAUUUUGGAAUACCUUGUUACAUUGUUUAAUGCAUCCAGCGGGGCAUCACAACAAAAUUAGGCAUAAUAAUGUGUUAAUUCCACGACUCUAUAUAUCCGUAUCGGUUGAUAUCGGAAUCGGUAAUUAAGAGUUGGACAAUAUCGGAUAUUGGCAAAAAAACAUUAUCGGACAUCUCUAAUACAGCACUUCAAUAGUGAUAUGUUGUGUGUAUGAUACCAGAUUCCCUCAUGAGUCCCAGGUUAGUGUGCCACUAAGAACAGCAGCUACAUUAUUUUAAACUAACUCUCAUCAAAGUGUUUUUUUUGUAUGUUAUCUGUCUUUAUGAUGGCACCAACGCAAGGCUUCAUCAGUUCAUUCUUUAUUUGAAGAGCAUUUAUCUGGCUCACCCAUCUUUUCUUUUCUUCUGGAAUACUCUCUCUUUUAUUUAUG